AUGGAGUCUAACUUAGAACGUGAAGAUUUGUUGAUUAAACUACGAUCCAAAUUAAAUGAAGACAAAAUUAAGCUAUGGGAAUCUCCUUUUAUUUCCACCGGUGGAGAUUUGUCACAGAGCUUGCAGGAGCUGGCGAAUAAGUAUGCAUCUGACCUAAAAAUAGAUGUCAAUAUUGUUGUUGAUGGACUCAUUGAGCUACAGCAACAUUCAGUGGAACGUUCAAAAGCAAAUGAAGAGUUUAAAGAGACAGGAUGUGCAACUCUACGGAUCAAAGUUACUGGAAAAGAGAAGAGUAUAUUUAAUGUAAUGAAGAGACUUAAUGUUAUGGGCUCUGAGUUGAUUGAUGCUGUAGCUGAGGUCUUGAAUGUUGACAAUGCAAGGUUAAAGUUAAUAUUUAAUGGAAAAGUCAUCAGACCCACUCCAAGUUUGAAAGAACAAGGUGUAAAAAAUGGAAUUCAAGUCAUGGCAUUAGUAAUGGCAGAUAAUCCUGAAGAUGUCAAAAGAGAAGAUGAUAUGUAUAUGCAGAUGAAGGGAACCCUGGAGGAUGCCAGCUUGCUAGCAGAGUGCAAUGACGACAUUGGUUACGACUCAUAUAUGGAUCUGGAAGAUCAGACUGGGAAAAAGAUAGAUCUGCCAAUGUCAGAAAGAAGGUCUCUCUUCUUGGGUCUGGUACUUCAUGAGAGAGGACGCACUUGCAUCAAGAAGAAAGAGUAUUCCUUGGCCUUAGUGCUGAUGCUAGAGGCCGAUAGACAACUUAGUGAGUGUCGAGCCCAGAUCCUGAAUUCGGUGGACAAUUAUGGAGUACUUCAACUGGAUAUUGCCUGGUGUUACCUGUGCCUGCGCAGCCUGCAAGCGGCGAAUGAUGCCAGUGCGAGGUUGGCCCGAGCAGAGGUCGCCUUCGCUAACAGCUAUGGCCCGGACCAUCAGAGGCUUAUUGCUCUCAAGGGGACAGAUGCGAAUGAACGCGUCCUGUUCAUGCGGCUAUACUUAAUGCAAGGCAUUGUGGCUUAUCAUCAGAACAAGAGAGCUCUGGCUAAAGAGUUACUAAGUAAGGCUGAGAGGGAACUAUUGGGUUUGAGGGUGGACGAAGCGUCCGUACAAACGCUCAUGGAGUUAGGGUGGAGCAAGUCCCAAGCGUCCGCCGGGCUGCGGGCAUGUGGAGGUGACGUGGACCGAGCUCACCACUACCUUGACGAGAAGGAGGCUGCCAGGAAAAGGAAUAGGGACGAGAGGGAACAACGGGCGCUCGGCCUUUGCCCCGACGGAAGCCCCGUGGACCGUCGGCUAAUUGAGGCGCUACAAGGCAUGGGCUAUUCGCGAAAGCUGGCAAUAUUGGCGCUUCGGAAUGCGAACAAUAAUGUUACAGAUGCCGUAAGAAUUAUACAGGAGCAACCAGAAUUGUUGGAUGACAGUGACCUAUCUGAAGACGCAGACUCCUCUGCGGACCCCGUGGAGUCAGACAAUCAACUUUUAUCAGAGUUAAUAUCGAUGGGCUUCGAGAAGGAGGCUGCGCAGUACGUCUUGCGCUUGAGUCGCAACGAUCUUGUCAAGGCGCUCGAUUUGCUUCACGAUAAGAUUCAUACGGAAGAAUGUGAUCCCGAUAACCCUUCCACCAGCACUGAUUCUCCGGCUAUGAGAAAGAAGCAGAAAAAAGACGAGAAGCGUAAAAAAAAGGACGCCCGCGAAUCAGCGAUUCGUCGACUUAAAAAGACGAUUCGCAACGAAGAGGAAGACUACCUUAGUUCUACGCUCUCAGAGGAGGAACACUUCUUGGCACAGUAUAAGUCAAUGUUGUAG